UUCCAGCGCCCCAUUUUUCAUUCAUUCACCUCUGAUCUAAACCUAAUUCAUCAAUUCUUUCUGUAAUUCAUUCAGAUUGCCUUCAAUUAGUGAAUUUUCCGCAGUGCGCAUUAGUUUCCUUCGCCUUCAAUUCAUUGAUAUCAAUUGGAUUUUCUGCAGUGUGCAUCGCUUUGGUUUGCCUUCAAUCCGUUGAUAUCAAUCGCCUUAGGACCCAUCGAUUUUAAAAAAUCUAACAUAUGAGAGCGGUUCAUUUUCAGUUUUAGUUCUCUGGCGCAUCGCUCGUUCGUUUAGCCUCAUCGAGAUCAUCGUCCUCAGUUUCUGCUUCGUCUCUUCGCCAUCAUCUGGCCUGAUCAAUUCAUUGAGCUUAAUGACUUGGUUUUGGAUAAGACCUUGGACACCUCAUUCAAGUUUUGCAAAGCCAUUGGUAUUUUAUGCCUCUGAUGGAGACUAUGGCGAAUGGCUGUAAAUUUAACUUUAGUUUGCUGGUAUGAGGGAUAUCAUGAUGGCAAAUUAGAAUGUUAGUGACUGUAUACCAACAUCUGACGAGGCAAAUCCGUUAGCAUCACAUCUUGACCGCAGCACAAUCAACACUUUGCCCCGGCCAAGUGAAGUGGAUUUCAUCAUUGCUUGUCCUCCAGCCCUCCUUGUCAGGGGUUUUCUUUAUUGACAGGCACAAUAAGAGUUCAGUGAGUGAUGUUGAUGCAUAAUGAUCUUGUCGCUUUAUCCUUUGUUGAUUACUUCAGGCCCAAGUUUCUGCUCAUUGAAAACGCCAGGAAUCUCGUUUCAUUUCAUAAUAUGAAUCCAUUUCAGCUAAUUAUAUCUUCACUUCUUGAAAUGGGUUAUCAGGUAUGUAGAUAUAAUCAUAUAAUGUACACCAGUCUUAAAAAGAGAUUCUAGUGUCAAAGUGUCUUUGUCCAGAAAAUAAAGUAUCAAACUACUUUUUAGUGUAAUAUCUUAUACAAAAAGACACAGACACGUUACAUAUGCUAAAUUUAGUCAAACAAUAACUAAUUUUUUUCAAAAACAUGUGUAGGGUUCAUGAUCCACAUAAACAACCUGUUUUUUUCCUUAAUAAGAAAUACUCAUUUACGUUUAUGAGUUCUUUUUCUCUUUCUUUAUGUGCGGGCAAGUGAGGUUUGGAGUACUCCAAGAAGCGGUAUUCUAUGGUGUAGCACAAUUUGGGACUAGUGACUUUAUUUUGGUUCUAAAUAUAACAAAACAAGACCCACUGCAAUACCUUGGAGUUGAGGCAAUUUUGGCAACACUACUCUGUACAUUUUUCUUCAUCUAUGACAACGCUGACAAUUGCAACAGUAUGUUUGGAGCAACUAUUGGCAUUAGGUCACAGUUUAAUGAAGUUUGGAGUUAAGAUUCUUUGUUUUGGUCAUUGAUUUUUGGCUUAAGAAUACAAUGCAGAAUAUGUCUUUUGUGUUUAGCUUUAAUUCUAUUGUUGGUUUAGGACAUUACAUUGAAGGUCAAGGCACAUUUGCAGUCAUAGUUAAUUUUCGAUUAGAUUUGGUUCUAAGUUUGCUUGGUGUAAUUUGUAUAUCUUUUUGAGGGGCUUUAGUUCGGUCCUCCCCUUUUAAUACACUAUUUUAAUAUAAUAAACUCCUUUUU